UUGGAAUGUAGGGAGUGUUUCAUCGGACUCCUUUUUCAAGUUUUUUGUUGCUACUUGGAGUAUAGGAAAAGGUGGGUUCCAGUGUUAAUAAUUGUGUUACAAAUAUAAUCGUGUAAUGCAGUGUGCCCUUCUAUGGACAGAAGUAGGAGGGAUGAAUAUUUCUUAGGCCUCAGUUCUACAAGUACCGAAUAUCUCUUCUGAGAUGUUAGGGCCCAUCAUCACUCAGUGGGAAUCUUAAUUAACACCUUGCAGGACAGACAUGAUACACAACAGACCAGCUCCUGUCCAUAUUGAACCCAGCAGUCUUGAAUCUGACAGUAUUAGAUUCAGAUCUUUGACCUCUAUGCAGUCCAUUGAACCAUUACAGAAUCGUACUGAGGCCACAAAGAGUAGCAGUCGGGUAGCAUCGUUAUGUUAGCACUACACUGCUCUCUCUAUUCUCAGCUUAAGGGAUAUGAGCAUGAAAGGUUUGGCUGAAGGAGGAGGCUGAAUACCAGCUCACACAGCCACAUUAUGUAGUGCUAUGCUACUUCUUCAGUUCUUAGCAUUGAAAGCAUGAAGGUCAGAGGAGGAUGCAUGACCAGAACAUGGCUGUGUCUUGGUGUUCCCUGUCUAACUUGAUUAGCACUGGUGCCAGGAAAAGUAACAAUAAGUCUGCUCUGAUUUGCUUUGGUGGGGACCAGUUGGCUUCCAGGAGUACAAAAGUUUUGGAGAAGGAGCUGGGUUUCAAUGCCACUACAGAAUACUGAUAUGCAACAAUUGCUGAAGCUUGGGUCAUCCUCAGAUCACUCACAGAAGUGCUUUAGGAAGCAUGACUUGAUCUCCCUCUUGUGGAAAGAAAUUGGAAGUGAACAUUUGUGAUUUGAAAAAAACAAAACCAACUAACAAUUAUGGCAACAGCAACUACGCCACCUGCUGCUGCAUCCAACCUUCCAGGGAAUGAUGGAACUGACUUUCUGAUCGUGCUACACUACAACUACACAGGAAAACUUACUCUCCGAGAAAAGGCAACAGAUAGCAUAGACUUUACAACUGUGGCAUUUCUGAUCAUAUGUAGCUUCAUAGUCUUGGAGAACUUGAUGGUGUUAAUUGCCAUAUGGAAAAAUAACAAAUUUCAUAAUCGGAUGUACUUUUUUAUUGGCAAUCUAGCGCUCUGUGAUCUCCUCGCUGGAAUUGUUUACAAAGUAAAUAUUCUUAUGUCUGGCAAGAAAACUCUGAGUUUGUCCAGCACAAUCUGGUUCAUUAGGGAAGGCAGUAUGUUUGUUGCCCUCGGAGCUUCUACUUUGAGCUUAUUAGCCAUAGCCAUUGAGAGACACCUGACUAUGAUUAAAAUGAGGCCUUACGAUGCAAAUAAAAAGUACAGGGUGUUUCUUCUAAUUGGAACUUGUUGGCUUAUCUCAGUUUCCCUGGGUGCCUUACCAAUUCUUGGCUGGAACUGUAUUGACAAUUUGCCAGAUUGCUCAACAAUUUUGCCUCUGUAUUCUAAGAAAUACGUUGCCUUUUGCAUAAGUAUCUUUAUAGCCAUUUUGGUGGCUAUUGUUAUUCUUUAUGCACGUAUUUACAUACUGGUAAAAUCCAGUAGCCGUAAUGUCACUAAUCAUAAUAACUCAGAGAGAUCUAUGGCUCUGCUUAGGACAGUUGUGAUUGUAGUCGGCGUUUUCAUUGCCUGUUGGUCUCCAUUAUUCAUUCUGUUGCUCAUAGAUGUCGCCUGCAAAGUAAAACAGUGUGCCAUUUUGUAUGCAGCUGACUGGUUUAUUGUCUUGGCUGUCCUCAAUUCUGCAAUGAAUCCUAUCAUCUACACUUUGGCCAGUAAAGAAAUGCGCCGGGCUUUCUUCCGUCUUGUUUGUGGCUGUCUAGUGAAGAGCAACGUGGCUAGAUCUUUACCUAUUCAGCACACCCCUGAUCAAAGUCGGAGUAAGUCUAGCAGUAGCAAUACCCAGAAGCCAAAGGAGGAUUUUCCACAGAUUAAUGUUCCCCCAUGUAUUAAUGAAAAAACUGAAUCUUCUUUUCACAAUGGAAAGUUUUGCAAAUAAAAGACUUUGCAAGUCAAAUACUCAUCUACAGCAUUUUGGAUGAAAUUACAGAGUUUAUCAAUUUUCAAGCACUUAAAUCAUAGGGAAAAACACUAACCACUUAUUUAACUUUGAGUACCUAUUUAUCAUACAAAUCAGCUUGUUUUGGAUAUUAAUUUGGUAAAAGAUCUGACUCAGGAAAACUCUAUAUAGUAGCCAGAGCCCUUGUAUGUGUAAAGUCCUUGUAUGUGUAAAGAUGGCAUAUAUCGUAUGGAUGUGUUUGGCACAGUCUAACUUUACAAUGCAUUUAGCUCACCUGUACGAAACAUCAACAUUCAUUAAGCACUAUGGGCAAUGAAAAAAUCACCCUGCUUAUUGUUAAAUUGGACACAGAUUAAUUACAUUAUCCAAUGUGUGUUAUAAUUCUGUACAUGUAUCUUGCUGUUUAUUUUAAUGGUCUUACAUAUAUGUAGUAUAAAUAACUGUAUAUUUGUACAUUCCUUUCUUAAAUAGUCAUUUUAUAGCAAAAGUUUACAUUAUACUACACAUAAUAUUAUACUAUAUAAUGUAAUAUAACAGAUUAUACAAAUAUGUAGCUUAAUUUCAAAUAGUAUGUUUGAAAAUGUAUGAAGAAAUCUGAUCUGAAAGGACAAGCUAAAUAUGCAGUAUUAACUGAGUAGUUUGUCUUACAACCAUUACCACAAGUCCUCAACUUUAAAUGCAACAGGCACAACUCUUGCCCCGUAACUAAAUUUAAAGCAAAUAGUGGUAAAUAACCAUUAGCAUUAAGUAGGUUUGUUAUUUAAAGUAAUUAAAAUGUGACUCAGUAGGACACAUAUAGCAAGUGUAUGUUCUUUUACUAUGUCUUUACUAUUUGCAGUGUUUAAAAAUAUGUGAAACCUGUGUAAGUAUGUAUACCUUGUAAAUGCACUACAUGAACUAACAUUCUCCCACUGCAAAGCUAAGAAGACAUAAUUUCAAAUGACAGUAGACAACAAGAUCCUCACAGAACUUGUGGAAUUUCCUCAGGAGCUACUACAACGUGGAGCUUUAUUAGGUCUUUCUGGGGACAGGUCCAGCCAAUGUAACACUGUUCCUGCAGAAUCAUGUUACAAGAUGGAAAAUACGAAAUAGCAAGACCACACAGAAGGAAAGUAAUCCAUGCACAAUUAUUCCUUCUUCUGUAUCUGGAAUUACUGUUCUGAAAUCCUCUGGAUUUGGAAAGCCUUGCUUUGUCCACACUCCUUGGUAUCCCAUAACCCCUUCAAUGAAGAAUUCUACAGGAGACUUCAGGGCACAGCUUUGCGGAGGGUUUCCCUACCAUCCUUACUCUCUUCAAGUGUAUUCUCCAUCAGAUGGGGCAGCAUGGCUCACUGUGUUCAACAUUUGCUUAAUAUUAUGGUAUGAGUUGGCAUAAAUCUACUGAAAGCAAUUUAGCAUGGGAGAUUUAUUCACAGGCUGAGAACCUGGCUAAUGAUUGUUUUGUGAAUUGUACUUUUCAGGCUCAGAUUCUCAAAGGAGCCUAAGUGUGUUAGCUGUUCCAAGUCUAAUGCUCAUUAUCUUGCAAGCACCUAACUUCCAUAGGCCCCUUUAAAAAAUCCCAACUUAAAUUUCUCAAACUAAGGGGGAAAAAGCAUAUGAUUUUUUAUUUACAACUUAUAAAAAUGGUCCUUAUUUUUUCUCUUAUCUUAAUCAUGUAAAGCAUCUACAUCAAAGAAUAUUUCCAAGUAUCUACAGUGUAUAAAUCAUGUAAGGUCUGGAAAAAGCUUUUCUAAAUAUACUGUUUUACAUUUUGAUUAUUUUUUCAAGGCAAGAGUCUACUUGUAAAUAGGUCAGGAGUGUCCCUUUGAUUUUUGUAAAGAGAAAUAGCUGAAUUUUCAACAAUUGUGAAUGAUACAAGUAACUAUCAAGUGUCUUACACAAAAUAGAGACUGCCCCAAGCACUAAAUAGUAAUUUAGACACUAUAUGGAAAGAAAGUCUAGCAAAGCUGAACUAGAAAACAUGUGUCAUAAUAUGGGAGACGAGCUGUGGAUACGAAUUGAGUCAAAAUGUCUGAUUCACAUCUGUAUUUGUGCUGUAAAUGGAACUACUUACAUAGUGGUGCUGUGGUUUCAUUCUUUAGACUUUAGAGUGAUAUUUCGAUAUACUUUGCAGCCUGGAGAGCUUUCCUGAAACAAGAGUCUUUGAAAAAUACUUGCUAAAAUUCCGGUGUUCUCUGUUCUUCUAAAUGUUUGCUUUGAUUAAAUGAUCAGUCCUUCCAAAAGGUUGGAGUUCCAGGUCUCGUAGAUGUGAAGGUCUUCAACAGCACAAGUUCCCUUAGCUUUGGGGCAAACAUGGCUGAACCUAUCCUGUGCCUCAACUUAAAGAUGUUACUUAUGUUUCCCAUACCAAGACUGUAAUAAAAAGAAAAAUCUGUAUUAACCAAGGCCCAAACACAUGUCCAUAAACAUGACUUUUAGGAUGCAGGUCCUACUCUUGAAUGCUGUUGCAGUUGGCCCAAGGUACAAGCAACUGUUUGGAGCCUCAUGGUUCUGCAGCUCUGUCCCUUACCCCAAACUCUCUCUUUCCUUCUGACAGUGGAUUCAAAGGCAGAGCAAGCUUGCUACUGAAGUUCUUUCUAGCAGCAUAGCCCAACACUCAUUUUAGAGUUUUUACUAUGUUUCUGCGCUCUGGAUGAACAAUUGAUACAUGAAGCCGUGACACACAAAUUCACAAAACCAGCUCCACCCCUCAUGGACAUUGAGGACACUGCCCAUUACAGAACUACUGUAGAAGGGGAAGCAGGACUACAGAAGACAUCAUGGGGGUGCAAACAGUAUGGACUGGGUGCAGAGAAAGCCAAAAGAUUGGCAGUGAUGGAGAGUACAUAUGCAUGGGAGGAUACUCCAGCCUUGAAGCUGGAACAAGUGUUUGGCUAGAACUCCAUCCCUCUUCCCCUUCCCAAUGCCAUCCCUGAAAUAUGUGAGAAUGUUUUAGAAUGAAGAUCAAAGAACUAGGUUAUCCAUUAGGCCACAAGUAGAUCAAAAUCAGUCUCUUGAACUGUAAAUGAUUUGUCUUAUACAGAGAAAAAGCUACAAAACAAAUAUGUUUUGAUAGUGUUGAGUUGACAUUGUAGCUGUGGUGGUCCAGGAAAUAUGAGGCAAGAAUUUUUGUGAGUGAUAUUUUUAGCGGACCAACUAUAUGGUUGGGAUAGACUUAGACAAGCUUUUGAAUAUACUGCAUUCUUCGUCAGGUCUGUGCCUGUUUUUUUCAUCAAACAUGAAGAAAAAUUAAUUGCAUUCAAAAGCUUGUCUAAAUCCAUCCCAGUCAUUCAAUUGGUCCAAUAAAAAGGUAUCAUUCACAAAAAUCCUUGCUUCACAUACAAAACAAACACACAUUUGUCUAGUGUUAUUUCAUGAACUGGAGUCUUUAUUUUUAUUCGGGACUGCAGAAGAAAUGCAAAAGAAACCACCUAAGGAAAAAGAGCUUUCGUAAGAGUCUUUAUUGCCAACAGUCUUACAGAUUUACAGUAUUUUAAAUUAUUAAGUACCAUAGUCAUUUUACAAAACUUUUUUCUUUAUAUCCCAGACUUUGGAACCAGUUAUGUAGCAGUCACUCUCAAAGAGUGUAACAAGGUCCUGUUUUGAGUAGAAAACCUACAGCUAGAUUAUAAAUGUCAUGCCUGAAAGCACAGUCUAUAAAACAAAAAUUAACUACGUGCCAUAAGCUCUGAUCCCACUGUGUUGAAGUCAAAGGUAGGUAGGCUUUCCUUCAAACAGUGGGAGCAGGCUUAGACUCAUAAUACUUAGGAUAAAUGCUGGAAGGGUUUGCUACAUAGUUGGAAAUGUAAACUGCUAUACCACAGGAAAGGCACAAUUCCAAUAACCGAUUUUAAUUAGAAAUGCAGCAUUGGCUAAAAGUUUGUCAUCUGUCAAUGGUGGUGAUGGUAUUGAAAAUAAAUGCUAGGCAUAAAACUCCAUUGGCUACCACAAAAGCCAGAAAGUCAGGAUUCUUAGAAUUGCUGUUUAGCUCCCACUGAGGUGAAUUACAUUAGGUAAGCCUUGGAAUAAUGGCAUUUAACUUCAGGGAGACAUGAUUUACAUAGAUGUAAUUCAUAGCAUAUUUUAGUCAAUUGUGGUUUCAGCCUCUAUCAGGAACUGGGGCAGCCCCUUCUGGGGAAUGGGCUAGAUCACUGGUUCUCAAAACUUUUUAGACUCAAGGUAACCCUCAUUAGACUCAACGUACCCCUUCUUAGACUCGAGGCACCGCUCAAAAAAUGCCAGCUUAGUUUUCACUCAUUUUUUGACUAUGGGAAAAUACUACAGCAAUUUUUCUAUUGGAAAAAAACUCAGAACUACCAAAACAGGUGAGCUUUAAAAAAAUGAAUUCUUAUUUAAAAUCAUUGGGUUUAUCAUGUUGCACACCUAAUGGUGCUAAUGUGUGGCAUCCUGUGGCACUCCUGAAGGGAUCUCAAGGAACCCCAAGUUGCCACAGCAUCCUGGUUGCAAAUCACUAAACUAGACUCAGUAGGUUUUUCCCUAAAAAUUUUGCCUAUAUUGUUUGUCCUGCCACAGAAUGAGCCAUACUGUGGGGCCUGAUCACAAACAUAUCAACCCAUUGGUAUUUCCACCAGGCCAGGGUCUUUCAUACAGAGUUCCACUACCUCUGUGAAGCUCCCGGACCCCUCCAUCUAUCUGUCAGCAGAGUUGCAAGGGGCCUCCUUGCCCAUAGUGAUUUCUGACAUCUCCUUAAAGGGGGAUCCUCACUGAGAAAUCUUUGCAGGAAAGGUAUUGUCUUUCUCUGAUUAUUCCUCUGGGACCAAAGGAAGACUGAGUUAAAGAACAUUAGUCCAAUCCUGUCUCCCUUUAACAUGGAGCUAUCCAUUCCCCUCUCCCCAGCACAUUCAGUUGCCAACCCAGUAUCAAGAGCAUUAUUGAGUGCAGGACGAGAAUGCUGCUGCAGAAUUGGGCUAGCCCUACCUUUGCAUGCGGGGGAUAAUUCCUCUUACAGAUCAAGGUAUAAUUUGGCUGGAGUCAGGACCUACUUUUGCAUUGCAAAAAUGGUAUUUGGCAAAACUGCAUUCAUGACUUUGAUUCCUUCUUGGUCUCUUGUAAACCAAAAGUGUUUCUGUGGAAAUAAAUGGAGCUACUCUGCUGUAAAACCAACACAGCUGAGUUCAAACUCCCUUCCAUGUUAUUUGGUCCUAGUACCACUGUAGUCUAAAGUUGCAAAUAAAUGUUGCCCUUUGUGCCUCCAUAACCUUUUUUAUGGUGCCCCAAAGGGAAAGCAAUUUGAUGCCUAUACCAUUUCUCAUACCACAAAUACCCAAAUUUGUGGCCUCGAUAAAAGGUGGUAAUAGUUUCUGCUGCUUUAUUGAGACCGAUGUCUGUUGGCUUUAUUGUGAGAGUACCAGCAACUCAGGGCUUGAGGGGCCUAGUCUUUGUGGGAAUCUCUGGGCCAUGUCUGGGGAGCAUGUUGGCCAUUGUUGGCCAUUGUCCACAGCAUCAACAGGUGGGCCAAUGGGCCAAUGUGUUUCAGCCAGCAAAGUGGAUCAGCACAGCUGAUCAACUUCAUUUGCUGAUGUCUAUUUCUAGCAUUGCUUACGUGUGGUGAUCAUUUCAUUCUCUCCUGUAAUUUUUGCAUAAAUUGCAAAUAUGAAAAAAGUGCAACGUUAACUUCUAAUCCAACUGCCGGUACUAAAGAAUUUCCUAAGAGACAAUUUGCUUCUGUAAUCAAAGUGGUCACUAUUGAUGGACUGACAAAAACAUGGCAUAGAGUAUUUCAUAAUAGAUUUCAUUCUGGAUUCAAAAAAGUUACAGAGAAAAUAAAUUCUCACAAUAUUUCAACACACCACUUGUUUUUCCAAAAAAGUACUUUGUGUACAAUGCUCAGU